AUGCUUCCCACAAAUCCUUGCCACUUCCAAGGCUAUCAACGAGGAAGCGACAUCAAUCUUCCGCGAAACGAAUCCAUCAUGCAUUAUAUUCGGCGACGAAAAGCCAACCUGCGACCCCGGGAUGUACUUCUUUGGCAAGACGAUCUCGAAGAUGACACCCAGAACGGAGCUUGCUGGCCGACAGAACUCCUCCUUCGCGAUCAUCUAUGCUUCGUCAUUCGUCAAGAAGGAUCUGGAUGGGCGACUGAGUGUCUCUACUCGCUCUUCUCCUUUCUCCGCUGCAAUAGCACUGCUCUGAAGACUGUUACCUUCGUCUGCAGCGGCACCUCCUUCCUGAGCAAGGAUUGGUACAAGUCGUCACUUGUCCACAAAGUCCACUACGACAACAUGCUCUAUCCGAUUGCUCGGUUCUGCGCCAAAUUCAAGGUGCAGUUUGAGAACUUUCCAGCCAGUAUACCUGGUGCUGUGCAGGCUUUAGUAGACAAGCAUAGCGACCUUCUCAAAGUUGACAUCUCAGUCAGGGGUGAAAUUAUGGGCAAGCUGCUGGCGCAUGAUGAGAUUUUGACGACGAUGCUGCUCCAUCACCUUCCAGAUGCGCACGCAUUGUACACCGAUCUCAAGAACGAUUAUCAUUCUGCACUGGACAGCUUGGAUCUGGCGGAGGUCUGUGAGCGCAGGAUGAAGGAAGUUAUGGAUAAGUUCGAUGACUUUCUGAACGACAGAGACAUGGUCGCUCUGAUGCGGCGUGGCGAGCGCAUCAUCGGCGGGUACUCACAGGGAUUGGCAGAGGAAUUCUGGAAAUAUGACCACGCCCGACGACAGCUGAGCAGCGGCCAAGAUCUUCCGGUUGCGCUGGGCGGCUUGGAAGAGGGUCUGACAGGGCAACUGAAGGCCCCAGUCGGUAGAGAUUGUGAACUUUCCAUUGAAAUGAAGCCUCCUUUUCUCGCUCGACCCUCUUCACCAUAG